UCCAUUCACUGUCAAUGUCAACAUCCAAAGCUUGGGAAUCGAAAAGCAAACGUCAAUAUUCGGCAUGGACUUGGACGAUGUGGCAAGUCACCAUGGAUUCGGCCAGCAUAUGGUCAUGGCCACGUACAAUGUGGAGACCUCGGCGGUGCACAGGAAACUGCAGAGCAAGGUUGAGGCCCUGAGGAUCCUGCGUCAGGAGCUGGAGCAGUUUCGCGUGGAACGAGACCAGUACAAGCUGGUGGCGGAGACCCUGCAGCUGCGCUACUCGGCGCUGAAGAGCAACAGUGAACUGUUGGCCGUCGGCGGGUGUGGUGCCCUCAGCGAGAACUCCAGCCUGGCCGCCCUGCUCCAUGAGACGCGGGAGCAAAAUCUUAAGCUCAGCACUGAGGUGGAGGCCCUGAGGCAGCGGCUCAACGAGCUCCAGGGCGACAUGGAACUGCUUCGCGAGACGGAGGCCAGCAACAAGUCGCGUGUCCAGGCGAUGGCCAGUGAGAAUGCCGCCCGCAACAAGGAGGAGCUGCAGUGGCGUCGGGAACGGGCCAACUUUAUCUGCCAUCUGGAGGGGCUCAAGAAGCGGAAUGCCCAGCUGGCCUUCGAUCUCAAGGCGGUCAUCGAUGAGAAGGAGGAGCUGAUCACCGAGCGGGAUGCCUACAAGUGCAAGGCCCAUCGCCUCAACCACGAGCUCUUUGUGGCCCUUAGGGCUAAGAAAACGCAUCCUAGACUUUUGGACAUCGAUGGUGUUUUGCUGGAGAACAAGUACCUGCAUGAACGUGUGAAGAUCCAAGACAGCGAACUGGAACUGACCAAACAGAGCAUUACCAAGUACAAGACCAUGUUAGAUGCAAAAAGGAAAAAGGGUAUUGUAAAACUUGGAGGUGGCAGCACAAAUGAUGACACCAUACUAAGCCCCCGACAAGUUAAAACAAUCUUGGAGAGUGGCAUUGAUCUGCCUCAAAAAACAGAGAGCUUAAGCGACCUAAAAUCCUUGUGUCUGGCUCUGCUGAACAAUCUAAACGAUAAGAAUUUAGCCCUGACUCACCAAAAGAAGACCAACAAAAUACUGGCUGGCAAGAUGACGGAGCUGGAACAGCGAUGGCAGCAGCUUCUCUCCGGAAACGAAGAUAACUCAGAGGGUCAGGAGGAAGACGAGGAGUACGGCUAUGCUCCCUCCCAGCUGCUCCUCAAUGGUUAUUGCGCCGCCAUGGUUGAUGAUGUCGACAUCAGCAGUACUCCGUCCAUUGCUCCAGACAACGAAGGCGUCGCCAUUACACCAGAUCCUGAAGAUUCUAGAAAGCCCAAAUCGGCUGAGGCCCUGCACUCCGACGAUGGAAUGUCCUCGCUUUCGACCGAGUCGGUGGACUCCUCUGUGUACGAGGUCGAUGUGCAGCCCGAUGACUUCCAGAAGUCUUCGUCCGCCACCACGGAUUCGGGCAAUUGCGGUCUGAGCAGUCGAUGUACCGGCACACCGAGAAUAUCCAGUGCUGUGGCCCGGGAACGGAUGGAGGACCUGAAGGACCUGCCGCCUCACCUGGCCACUCUGGUGCAGAAGGCUCUCCACGAACUGGACAUGAGGGAUUACGAGGCCAUGGUCACGAUAAGGGCCGAAAAUCUAUCUGCUAUUCCUUAGAGAAAUACUAGUGCAAUUGAGGACUCCCAAAUAGAUGGAAGCAUAUCGCAGUGUUGACAAAAGAUAUAAUAUAUAUGUAUAUUACCGCAACAGCGUACAAUAAAAACAGAUUAUAAAACAGGAAA